CGAAAUAAACUUGCUCUAUAAAGCCAUAACUUCUUCGCCCUCAACCAAAUCUCUCUCACUUCAUGCUCUGCUUCUGCUUCCCACAGAAAGAAUCAGAGCAUGGCAAUUCUCAGAGUCUCGUACUUCCUCUUGCUUCUCUCAGCCUCAGUCUUCGCAGAGGGAGGCUCAAUAGGUAUAAACUAUGGGCGAAUUGCUAACGACCUGCCCACACCAUCAAAAGUGGUGCAACUUAUGAAAUCACGGGGACUCACCCGGGUCAAGCUCUACGACACCGACUCGGAAGUGCUCACCGCGCUUGCUAACUCCGGUAUAAGCGUCACCGUUGCACUCCCCAACGAGCUCCUCUCCUCUACCGCAGCAGACCAGUCUUUCGCCGAUAAAUGGGUCCAAGCAAACAUCUCUCAGUACUAUCCCGCUACAAAAAUCGAAGCCAUUGCCGUGGGAAACGAGGUAUUUGUUGACCCAAAUAACACGACCAAGUUCCUUGUACCCGCCAUGAAAAACAUCCAUUCCUCUCUUGCCAAGUACAACCUUGAUUCUGCUAUCAAAGUCUCAUCCCCUGUAGCUCUCACCGCCCUCCAAACUUCAUAUCCAGCUUCGGCUGGGUCUUUCAAGCCCGAGCUAGUUGAAUCCGUCAUCAAGCCCAUGCUUGAUCUUCUGCGUCAAACCGGCUCGUACUUCAUGGUUAACGUGUACCCCUUUUUCGCUUACACUGCGAACUCGGACGAGAUAUCGUUAGACUACACUUUGUUCAAGAAAAAUCCGGGUGUGGUGGAUUCUGGUAACGGGUUACAUUACGUCAGCUUGUUCGAGGCCCAACUCGACGCCGUUUUCGCUGCCCUGUCCGCCGUCAAACACGAUGACAUGAAGAUAGUGGUUACAGAGACCGGCUGGCCAUCACUGGGAGCUACGAACGAGAUUGGUGCGAGCCAAGCCAAUGCGGCGGAUUACAAUGGCAAUUUGGUACGCAGAGUACUCACCGGUGCUGGUACCCCGCUAAGACCACAGGACCCACUCAAUGUUUUCCUGUUUGCUUUGUUCAAUGAGAAUGAAAAAUCGGGUCCCACUUCGGAGAGGAACUAUGGACUAUUCUACCCCAGCGAGCAGAAGGUAUACGAUAUACCGCUCACAUUAGCGGACCUUGGAAUUAUCCAGUCAACACCGGUCAACGGUACCAGUAGCCCUCAGGUUCCGGUCACCGGCGAUAUGAAGAAGGCGUCUGUGGGUUCGGGUCAGACGUGGUGUGUUGCAAACAAAAAUGUCGGAAAGGAGAAGCUGCAGGCUGCGCUGGAUUACGCUUGCGGUGAGGGAGGGGCCGAUUGCCGUCCGAUUCAGUCGGAUGCCACGUGUUAUAAUCCAAACACGCUAGUGGCCCACGCUUCUUAUGCCUUCAAUAGUUUCUAUCAGAAGAACGCUCGUAGGGCAGGUUCUUGUCACUUCGGUGGCGCGGCUUAUGUGGUCACUCAACCUCCUAGGUUUGGGACCUGCAACUUCCCUACAGGGUAUUGACACGAAACGAAUCAGGACUCUAAGGUGAAUAAUAGCUUUGCAGUUGUGGAGCUCAGAGAAUUCGAGACCUUUUUUUUUCCCCUUAAAAUGUAUGCUUAUGUUAUGUAUAGUCGGUGUAGUAGCUAUCAUUUACUUGACUAUUUUGUCCAUAAUUUAUAUAUAAUUAUUUGUUUUUUGGAGGGUUA